AUGUGUAGCUCUGUGGAUUCGCAUUCCAGAUACUUGAAGGAAUUUCGCGUCGAACAAUGUCCCCUCUUUAUACAGCGCAAAUGCACACAGCACCGACCCUUCACGUGCUUCAACUGGCACUUUAUGAACCAGCGGAGGCGUAGACCGGUGAGAAAGAGGGACCGCACCUUCAACUAUAGCGCCGAUAAUUAUUGCACCAAGUACGAUGAGACCACCGGCAUAUGUCCAGAUGGAGACGAGUGUCCAUUUCUUCAUCGCACUGCUGGAGAUACAGAAAGACGUUACCAUCUACGUUAUUACAAAACUUGCAUGUGCGUCCAUGAUACGGACACACGUGGAUUUUGCGUUAAGAAUGGACCUCAUUGUGCCUUUGCACAUGGCAAUCAUGAUCUUCGACCACCUGUCUAUGAUAUCAAAGAGAUACAGGCGCUUGAAAACCCUGAUUCUGAUCCCAACUCAUCGUCCAAUGGACCAAACAUACUCGAUAAGGAACGAAACUUAAUGAACGAAGAUCCAAAGUGGCAGGACACAAAUUAUGUACUCAGUAAUUAUAAAACUGAACCUUGCAAACGUCCACCAAGGCUUUGCCGUCAGGGUUAUGCUUGUCCACAAUAUCAUAAUAGCAAAGAUAAACGACGUAGUCCACGUAAAUACAAAUAUCGAUCAACACCCUGCCCUAACGUAAAACAUGGAGAAGAAUGGGGUGAGCCAGGCAAUUGCGAACAGGGAGAUACUUGUACAUAUUGUCAUACACGUACAGAACAACAGUUCCAUCCUGAAAUAUACAAGUCAACAAAGUGUAAUGAUGUACAGCAAGCUGGUUACUGUCCGCGCGGAGUCUUCUGUGCUUUUGCACAUGUUGACCGUGAGUGUACCCUCAUAAAUCUGUUGCCAACAGAAGAAAUGAGCCUGGCGAGGGACAUGGCAGUACCUAUAGAUUGUGGCACCAAUUUGGCAGACAUUCUCAGCAAUGCGCUUCCACCUGAUAAGCGUACUCAUGAAAAGGAUAAACCACUUAGCGAUAGCAGCAAUGGAAGCGGUGAAGUAUCAGAAUCAGCAAGUACUAGCAGCAUUGGUAGCAAUAGUUCGCACAGUAAAGCUCCUGGUGCUCAACUUCAUAAUUCUAAUUCCAAUACCACUGUAAAUACUUCCAAUCAACAGAAGUUAACAAGCAUACUUUACAAUCCCAGUUCUCUUCUUCAAGUCGGUGAAAUACGAAAACAAAUGGUUGCUAUAGAUAGUGAUCCUCUAUUAACGAAAGCUGAGAAAGCUCAACAGAAACAAAGUCUAUAUAUCGCUUAUAGUUUAAAUGGAACCUUGGGUAGUCAUUCAUUAGCGACUACUGUUUCACCACUUUCAAGUUCGUUUUAUCCAAAUGACACUGUGGAGUCUGUAGUAGGAAAUGCAUUAGACGAGUUACAUCUAGAUGAUCCUUUAAAUUUAGUAGAAUCAAUUCAUAGGGAUACAAAUUCACCAAUUAGCAAUUCAAUAUCAGCAGGCCUAGCAAGUUCUGGAUUACUGGGAAGCUCUGCUCCAGUUAAUAUUCCUGGAAUGGCUGAACGUUCUGUUCUUUCUAAUUUUUCACCUUCUACAUCCAGUCCACUUCAGCAAUUACAUUCGUCUGGUUUUCUUACCGGGUCCAGAUUUUCUCAUCAAGAUUCAAUGGAAUCGACAAUGCCAUUUAUGAAUCAAGUAUCAGAUCCAUUUAGCAAUCAUAUUUCACAACUUAGCAGUUCAGCUUCUAAACUUAGUGGAUUUAAUAGUAGCUUAUUUGAUUUUACGAAUCAAGGAAUGUCUCCAUCUCGUACACAACCUCUCCCAGCAUCUCCAUUGCUAAAUACAUUUUCCAUUAGUCCGAGUAAUACAGGAUCUUUAUCUGAGGUACAGAGGCUCAGAGAAGAGUUGACAUCGAGCCGCGCUCAAUUAGCAACAUGGGAUGAACGAAUUAAUCAAGCUAGAGCAGCUUGCGCGGCAUGGCAAUUAGAAACCGAAGAAGCUACGAGCAGAGCAAGGAUUGCUGAACAGCAAAGAGAUGAGGCCUUAUUGAAAGUGAAAGCGUUGACGGCUGAAAAUGAAACAUCCAGUGGUGGCCCAUACCUUCAUACUCUAAGAAGAACAAACGAACUCAGAUCGUUAUCGAUAGCUGCGUUAAAAUCAAUUCAAUCGCAGCUCCGUUCGGAUCUUGAAGAAGUGGAAAAGGUGCUGUACAGAGAAACGGCAACAAAGUGCAUGGUUUGUGAAGAACAAAAUCGCACUGUUACCCUCUCACCCUGUAACCACUACGUGGUCUGCUCGACGUGCGCUCCAAAUCAACGAGAGUGCCCGUACUGCCAGACUCCGGUUGUCUCCACGAGUUAGGUCUGAAUAUUUUGUUAGAACUCCCGUUGUUAUAUCUGCGCUCUUUCUCAGUAACAAGGACAAAUAUUAUCUCAGAACUCUAUUGUGUGUAGUACUAGAACUUGAUAUGAAAUCAGUACUUUGAAUGCGAUGGUAUAUAUUAAAUAAACAAUUUAAAGAAUUUGUACCGUGGUACGCGUACAAAUGCGGUCGCAAUAGAAGAAAUGAAAGAAAUUACUCAAAUAUAUAAUCUGAUUAUCGCCAAAGUGAAUAUGGAUGUGAUAAGACUUCGUGUAUGUGCGUAGUCUCUAUUUGUCAUACUUUUUUGUGUCAACAGUCACAUGCUGCUAUAUAGCUGUUUAUAAAGAUUCCAAUGUCACAUCCUUUAUAUUAAGAAUUCAUAUUAUCGAUCUUGGAAUGGAAAAAUACUUUGUUUAGUAUAUACAUAAUUCAAAUUACAUUUACAGUAGCCUGGGUGCUAGCUGAAAUAGUUAGCAUUUAUAAUACGUACGUGUACAAGUUGCACACAUGUGGCGUAAACAAAAAAUGAAAACAAUGUAAUCAUAAUAAUGAUGGACAAAGUUUUGGGACCUCUAAAGUAUAUAUUUGUUUAAAAAAAAAUUGUAAUACCAUAAUUAAACGCAACAAAAGUAACACGUCCCACACAUAUAAUAUUUAUGGGAUGAUUUUCCUCAAUUGCAGAGCUGUUAAACGUAUGUCACGUAACAUGAUAUUUCUAUUGUAUUUAAAACUAUAUUUAAAUAGGAUUUUUCAAUUGACCCGUACUGACGGUAAUGAUACAAGUAUUAACAAAUUUUAUAUCUUUGGUUGAGACGGUAGUAUUGAUGAAAGAUAGUACUAUUAUAUAAGGGACGUAUAAUUUCUAGAUUUUUAUAUAUAAUCAAAUUGCUCAUAUUUAUAGCAAAAAACAAAUUGGAAUUCGUAAAGGUGUAUGAAAUAAUGAUACAUCUAACAAUUUCAUUAUCGAACGAAGGUAUGUGUAUUAUUUCAAGCUUCUGAUACUCUUAUUAUUCUCUUUAUUUUUUCCUUAGAUCUAUACAUAUAUAUAUAUAUAUAUUUUUUGCACCUUUUGUAAUUUCUAUAAAAUAUACUCAAAUUAUAAUUCACACAAAAAAAAACAUUUUAUACUUUGGAUACAUCGAAGAAUAUAAUAGUAGUUAAAAUUUUUUAUAUAAAUAUGCUUUCCUUUCUCUUCAUAGUUGUUAACAUUGAUUAUAAUAUAUAGUCUUAUACAAUACAUUUCAUGCUUUUUCUGUACGUGUAGUACGUUACGUUUUAAAGGUUAAGUACGCUUAAUAUAUGUAAUUACAUUAUAUAUACUUACUAUUGGAAUUAAGCACUGAAUUUAAAAAUAGUGUGUGAUAGCAAUGAAGAAAUGUAAUUUACGAAAGAGUACAUAACUAAAUUAAUUGAACUCUAUGUUUGUGUUGUAACUUUUUACAUUUUAGGUAUAAGAAUAUUACGAAUAUGUAGGAUUUUCCAAUUUAAUCAAAAGAUAUAAUGGUAUUUGUGAUACCAGCUGUACAAUGUGACAUACGUAUUACAGCUCGAUGUGACAUGCAACCACAACAAUGCAUGCCAAUUAGCUUUUUUCAAUGAAACGCAAAUCAAUUGCGUUUGUAUACCGGCUCUAUGAAUAUUUUUAUGUUGAUUAUGUAGCUGGUAAUUGCUAUUAUUAAAACAACUAUACAUUCAUGAUGAGAAAGGUAAAAUAUUGCCUAAUAAAUGGCUAGAAUAGAUAGGACAACAUUAUCAAAUUUUUUCCUCAUAGAUGUAAAAUGUUACAAUAACCAAUUUUAAAGACUAUUAUUUAAUGUUUACAAUAUAAUUAAAAUUAUUUUAAAUGUAUAAUACCCUGCACAAAUUAGACUUUGAAGAACAAGCAUGCAUUUUUUAUUGCUAGAUCUAAUUUUUUUUUUUUUCGUACAAAUUAUGAAUCUUGUUAAUGCAUAACGGUAUUUCAAACAAACGCGAAAGACACAUUAUACAAAUUUAACUAAAACUCGCAAAGGGUAUUAUAACAAACUUUACUUAAUUAUUUAAUUAUUUAACACUCAACAAUGAAACUGAUCGUUUCUUUUUCUUCAAUUACCUUCAUAGUUUAGUAUCAAAAGUGAGGCCAAAAAAAAGAAAUACAUAAAUGUUUUUAUUAGGUCCGUUUUUAUUACAGAUUAUUAAUAUUAAAGUAUAAUAGAUGUUACUAAAAAAAAAAAAAAAAUACAAUUUGUAUUAUCAUGGUAUAAACGAUGCGCUGUCGAGAUAUAAAAUUUGAAAGAAGAUGGAUAAGGUAAAAUAGAAUGAGAUGUAUUCAUUCGUUGGUACUAAGAAAAAUCAACAAUUUAACGAACAAAUUAAUCUAAAAUAGAUAUUGUUGCAAAUACAAAAUAUAUAUUAUAUUCCAUCUCGUGUGUGAUGAAUAAAUAAACAAAUAUUUUAAUUUUUCCUUGAAAUCGUGCAUACCAUGAUAUAAUUUUCAAAGUACUAUUUAGAAUUUAAUCAAUUUAGCACUAUAAUAAUGCAUUUUUCAAUUGCGUCUUUAAAUGCAUUCUUUAUAAGUACAACAAUACAGCGGAACAAAAAAAGAGUAUUUAUCAUCGCGUUCUUCGUAUAUAUUUUAUCCCAAAUACUAUUCUUGUAUCCUGAUUCUUUUUCAAUCGUGUCAAUGAUAUUACGGAAGACAUAUUGUUAUUUUUGCAUACAGAAUCUUAACAAUUUUCACUACCUGCUGAUGGAAAUAGUAGACGAUUAAACAAUUAAGACGCUAGCUCGUUAAUAACGUACUUGUAAAGAAUGCUCGUUUCGCCGACUUCUUAUUAUCAUAAUGUUACCUCUAUAAUUAUUGUAUUUAAAUGAAAGCGAUACCGAAACUGAGAAUGAUUUUAUUUCAUAGUUUGAAGUCAACCAAGUACUUGUCCACGUAAUAUGUAUUACGGUAACAUCCAAUGAGAAGUUAAGAAAGAACGUUUUUUCUUUUUCUUUUUUUAUUUUAUGUAACAACGAGGUAAACUUAUGAUUACAGCGAGUUGUGUGAAAAUCUAGGAAACAUAUUCUGGAAUAAUAUAAUUAUGAAUAUUAUAAAUAAUUACAAUAUAUACUAUUUUACUUAUAACAAUAACACGAUUAAAAUAUUAAUUAUUAAGAACAUAAAUUAUUAUAAAAGCAACAAAUUUAAUUACAAAAUAGGGUAAUAGGAGAGUAACAAAAUAAAUUAAUUAGUUAAAAUUGUGUACUAAAGAAAACACAGUUGAAUAUUUAUAUAGUACUGCCCCAGUUGUUGGUUUCGGUAAUUGUUUUCAAUUUGAACUAAUUUUCAUUUUCUGGCGCAUAUAAUAACAUAUAAAUUUAGAUGUUAAGACAUCGUUCAACCAUUGAUUUACGAAGAUUAAUUUUUUCUAUUUCAGUUGAGUUCUAAGUUUACAUAGCGGAAAUAGUAUGUACAAAUACUAUAAUACACCGUUUAGUACACUGAAUAUUCUAUAUAUGAAAAAAUAUAUUUAUAAAUUGCUAAAAUACAUUUAUAUGUUUAACGCUAAGGCCAGUUGGAUUUCUUUGAAUAUUGCACAAAGAAAACCAACAAUAGGGCAGAUUAAAUUGAACAAUAUAUUUUUGACAAGUUACAAUAAUACAAAUACAAAACGUUACGUGGUCUGUUUUGUGCGAAUGAUUCUUCUCCUGUGUUGAACAUUACUAGAGCCAGGAGAACCAUAUUAAGAACGUUUGUUUAUGCACUAGUUGAACGUUACAGAAAUUGCCUGUGAUUUCAUUUUUUUUUUCUUUUUUUUUUUUUCUUUAUGAGGAUUCGUGAUCAAAGAAAAGGGCAGAUGGUUCCCUAAUGUCGAGGAAGAAUUAUCUGCACACUCCAGGAGGCAAAACAUACACAUAAUCAUUAGAUUACUGUACAAUAAAUAAAUUGCAUAAAAUAGUAAUAUGUAACAUCUAAAAACAAAUUUGCUGAACAUUUAUAUUACGAUUUAUAACUAAAGAUACUUGCUAUAAACCUGUAUUAUCUUUAAUCACUUGUAGUUUUGAUAUAUGACUAAUGCAUUUGUUAUUUAGAUAGUAGCAGUACGAAUUUCGAUAAACGAGUACUCUGAACAGAAAUUGGGUUUUAUUUAUCGUAGAAUGUGUUCUUGUUUGCAACAAUGACUGCUCAAUAUUCUGAAAUAUAACGAAUUACUUUCGUUCUAUUUUUUUCUUUUCUUUUCUCGCUACCACUUUCAUUUCUUUUUAGUCUUAUAUUUUUAAUCCGUUCUACUCGUGUCUGUUCUUUUAUUUUGCAAACUUGGACACAUUGUUGAUAAAAAUCCAAUUCAUAAUGUCUCGUAUAAUUGCAGUUAUUAUGUAAACGUAUGCUCUUUGAAAUAUUCGUAUAAUUGUCCGUUAUAGUAUUGCAAAACUGCUUAGAUCGUAAACGCGUAUGUAUUUUGAUUGAGCGUGCUUUAAUUGGCGAUUCCUUUUAAUUACGAUACCGAUCUCUUAUUUUUCGUGAUAAUACAUUUUUGAUCAGACUGAAAUCAACGUAUUUACGUAUGCAAAUGAAGAACGAGUUCUACGGUACUAAUAUCUAAGCAUUUUUGUAUUAAAUACGAGGUAGCAAAUGGCUGUACAACUGUGAUUAUGUAAUAACAAUUUCUCUACUUAGAUCUUGUCAUUCGGUAUGCCGGUGUUUACGAAGAUUCGAAUAUUUUGCAUACGAAAAGGAAGGCUGUAAAGUUUCGAUUGUGUGAUCUCCUCGUUAAAGCAUCUUUGACACGCGCAUCUUGCAUGAUUAAAUUGUCACAGUAUCGACGAUUAGCCAAUUGUCAAACUAUGUGAAGCACUUGCGCAUCCGAAUAGAAAAUAUAGCAAGCCCAUACAACUUUUAAACGAUACUAAUCAGAAUAUUUCAAGUGUACAAGAAUCGUGAAGAUAUUUUAAUAACGCAAAAGUUACUUUAUUCGCAUUAUUUUGACAUGUUUUUUUUUCUUCUUUUUUUUUAAUGAAUUCCCAUUGAAAUUCUAAAAUCUGUGAACGAAGUUAUCGGCGUUUUAAUUCGAACGGUAUACCGUGCCGCGAUACUCACUGGAAAGGCAACGUUUCCUAAUUGCUGUUGCGUACACGUUUUCGUCUAGAAUGUAUCAGUCAUUUGCAUCCUCAUAUUUUAACAUUAAUGUCUCUCGUGUCAAAAUAAUGUCAGUGAAUUGAGUCACGAGUUCUUACGAUUCUUUUAAAGAUAACAACAGUCGGUUACUCAUUUCGCCAGAAUUAACGAUCGGUUCUAUUCGACCCCGAUCAAGUUCAAAAAUGGACGUGAAAGAAACAUGCAGAAGUAAAUAAAAAAAAAAAAGAAAAAGAAAAGGGGCAGCGGUAACAUACACAAGGUACAAUCUUUAAACAGUGCCAUUUUCAACAAAUCUGUGAAAGUAAUAAAAAAAGAAAAGUUACUUUCUGCGUGAAGUGAAUGUGAUCUGUUAAUGUUUCUAAUUUCUAUAGAUAAUUCUGCAUUACUCAUACGACGGAGGUUGAAGCGAUUUCAUGUUAUUUAUUUACUACUUUGCGUUGAUCUUGUAAAUGAAGCACCAAACUAUCGUGGAGCUCGUCACAUUAACAAUAAUAACUAUUAACACGUAUAUUCCUGAAACAAUGUUGCGUUAACUUUUCGAAUGUGUAAAUUUAAUGCUGAGAGCAAAUUCAAGAUGUACAGCUUCGUCUACGUUUUAACGUUAUAAAGGUAAAAAUAAUAAAUGAAAUAUAUUGAUAUACGAUUUUUUACAUUUAUAAUAAUAAACCAAUGAAGCUGUAGUUUUAAUUUGCAGUAAAUCGACCGACCGAUUGUCGAGACUAUUAUGGCAUCGUAUUUUAACGAAAAGUCUGGAAAAUUUGAUUGGAAAAAAAAUGAUUAGUACCGACUCGAUUUCCGCCCCUUGGGUAUGCAGAAUUAUGUGGAAACACGCCCGUUAAAAUAUUUUAAUAUUUUCGCAAUAUAUUACAACACCGUCUUCCGGAACAAUAAUAUUUGCAUAGCCUAAAAUGCAGUAGUAAACAAUUUUAAAUAUUGCGAAUAGGAGAUAUUUGUAAAUUCUAUUAUUAAGCUUGUCAUGUAUAGAUAUCGUUUUUCUUACAGUGGAAAGAAACAAAUCUAGGAACGUUUAACAUAGACACAAAUGGUAUAUUCAUAUUAUACGAAGCAUGUGUAUUGCGAUAAUAAAUAUUUUACUUAAAUCGAACUGUUGUACGAUCGAGAAAAUAUUUUCUGAAACAUGAAUGUUCCAUUUUUUCUUAAAAUACAAACACAGAAUGGAACUUUUUAAUAUAAAAAGAAUGGGAAUAUCGCUCGUACAACGCUUUUCCAGGGUGACCCACUUUGUUACAAAGAUGUACUAAAACGAGAUACCAUUUAACGCAUACUUUGUAAAAGCGCUAUUUUAUAAAAUUUAGUAAGAAUUAAAUGAGCACAUAAACAGAAGUAGGAAUUCGAUGAAGCUUACAACAAACUUUUUAACUAGACUUAUUAUAAUAGAUAUUAAUGUACUAGGUAUUUAUAACAAGAGUGAAAAUUUAUUACUAUAUAAAAUGAUAUUAUAUAUUGAGAAUCCUAAUUGUUUUUAUUAUUUUUUUCUUAUUAACUCUACAAUCUCGAAAGACCUCGGUAACAAAGACGUCCGUGGUCACCCUGACAAAAGAAUAAAAAAAUAAUUAAAAUAAUAAUUGCAAGAUAAUAAUACGAUAGUGAUAACGAUAUCUUGGAUUGUUCUGGCUGUAGUUACUUCUGUAUGUCCAUUUUAUAAUUUUGAGUCUUCUGAAUUCGUAUCAGUGUUAGUUUUUUUUUUAAUUAUGAAUUCAAACCGUGUACGUAUCUCGAUUGUAUAUUUGGAUUAAUGUAUGCCGAAACUUACGGAGCUUACGAGAGACAAGCAAGGAUCCAUGAUAAAACAAAACUAAUUCAAAUUGCAUGCUUCUAUAAAAUGAAAUGAUUUUUAAAUAACUAUAUUUGAUACAUAUAUUUUAUGAACGAUAAGGAAAAAGUAGAUGAUAAAUGUACAAUGAUUGAUAGAUUUAUUUAUGAAAUCUGUUCUAAAGAACGUUAAUCUAGACUAUUCAGUUCCAAAAAGACACGCGAAUAGAAAUAUUUAUGCGAUUAUAAGUAUUACAGAAAAAUCUAAGAAAUUGGUUUCGUAAUAAGUGGACUUUUCAAAUGGUGACUGAUGCUCGCCUCUGUUGCAUGUAAAAAAGAAAAUGUAAUACUCGAUUAUUUUAAAUUGAAGUCGAUCAAAAAUGCUGCCAGUACGAAAAAAAAAACCUAACAAUGGGAGUAUAAAAGCAACCAGAAACAUAAUUUUAAAAUGACGACUGUAUAGUAAUAUCGUAUACAGAGCAACUUGUACAACAUAGAAUUUUAAUAUAGCGUUUCGUGUUAUAAUUCAAUUUUUAUAAAAUUUAAUAGAUUUCCCCAUUCGACUUUGAAGACGAGACAUUCCUUUCAAGACAAUUCGCUAUUCGUUUUAUAUGUUCUAUAAUCUGGAAAUAAAUGAACUCUAAGCGUUAACUAUUAAUCAGUCGAUAAAUUACAAUUGCUUUACGCUUGAUCUCCAUGUUCAUGAAACAAUAAUUAUUAGUACAAUUAUCCAAGGUAAUUUAAAAACCAUCCUACUAUUUUUUAUUUAAUAAUUGGGUAGCUAAUGGUAAAAUGUUCUUUAUAAUCGAGUCGAAUGGCGAACCUUAUAUUGUAUAGUUAACAAUGCAUAGUAUUCAAUUACAAAAGAAAUGUUUAGUGUUAUAAACCGUAUAUGUAAUUUAGGACGUCAGGCAGUAUCUUAUAGAUACCGAAGAACGAAAUGUUUUGUAAUUUACUAAUAACUUUAUUAUAUAUUAAAAUUGCAUUUAUGUGUUUAGCGCUUAAUGUAAAAUGCAAAAUUACCAGAUCGGUUGUUCAUCUCCUCUUAUAUUUUAUUCUGUUAAUAAGACCAACGAAACCAGAAACAUAUGUAUAUAAAUCUUUUUAUACGAUUCUACUUCGUUCCACUUACACUAAUAUUAUAAAAUCAGUUUUAGCAUCUAAUUUUAACAUUUUAUGUUCUCCGACAAAUACACAUUUUAUUUGUCUUUGAAAAUAUUUUGUGGUAGAACAGUGGUCUAAUUAAACAGAUCUGGUCUUUGAAAAGAAUACACUUCUUGCAUUUGUAAUAAAAAAUAAUUUCCUGCAAUGUCGCGAUCUAGUAUUCACAUUUCAAUUGAGGAUUAUUUAACAAAGUACAAAAGUAAUAUGGGCUUGCGUUUUAAUCUUCGUGUCCUGCCAAAGUGGCGCAAUUAUUCGCAAACCGGUAGCAGUGUUUGCACAACGUUCAAACAAAUUUUCAUAUCUGGUCGCAUACCGAAAAGAAGACAGUAAUGAAACAUAAAAAAAAAAAAGAAUGCAGUAAGAACUUUUCGUUAUUAUGAACAAUUGUAGUAAAUUCUAAUGAAUGUCAGUACAAAUUGAAUAUUAAAGAAGAAGAAAAAAAGCAUCAUUUGUGUGCAACUUAAAAAAAAAAAAAAGAAAUAUUAACGACUCGUAUUUUUGGCAAUACAAUUUUAAAUAACAAUUAAAUUAGCGUAGUAGUAGUUAGAACGUUAGUAAAACAAAUUUUGUUUUAAGAUUUUCUCGAUGACUGAAAGUUUAUACGUACAUAUGUAUGUGAAUAUAUGUAUAUGAAUAAUAACGAUGACGAUGAUGAUGACGAUACGAUAAUAAUUAUCUCAUGGCGUAAUUUGUAGAACGAAUGUUCAUUAUUGCUUCUUAUGCUAUUAUUAGGUAGUGGAUUAUAAAAAUGAAUAUUGUAAAUCAAUAAAAUUGAUCAUUUGAAAAAUAAAUUAUAUUGAUAACUUGUG